UCAGUUUUUUUCAAAUGUUCACAUGACUAACGUGGAUAAAAAUGCAGAAUAAAAGCAGUAACUGAAAUAAAAAGACAUAAAUCGACAGAUUGGAGAAAAACCGACCGGAAGUUUGAGAAUGGCGAAAAAAUCCGGAUACUGAGCCAUAAAAAAGGUCGAUUAGUCAGGUAAAUUGAUGAUGAUCUCCGUUUGCCGAACCCAGUGCCCGAUCGGAAAAGGACCAACGUAUGCGUUCACAUCCUUGUCGACGUGCCAGCAGGUUGAUCGUUUGUAGUGGGAGGACCAGGCACGUGUGAAUCAGCUGUGGAUUUAAUCAGUGUGUGGAGUAGGCACCAGCGAACACAUCAAACGUUCAGUUCCUCUUGCCCGAGGAGCAUUUGCCCCAUUCCGAACAACAAACAGUGAUAAAUUCAUUGCAACGCGUAAAGAAAAAAUAAACUUAGAAUUCGACUAUGCGGAAAAGUGCAGUGAAAUAAUUAUACACAUAGCAUUGAAAUCCAUCGAUCGUGUUAAAAUGUCACUUCUGUGAAAGCGUGUCGUGAGUCUUUGAGGAAAUUAUUAACAAGGGAUCACGUGUUUAAACGACUUCACGUGGCCGUCAGAAUCAGAUGACUCGGGACUGUUCCGUCCGGUGAAGAAUCAUUCGCUACGCUCAUUAAUUCUCACCUGUACGCGCGUUAAUUGUUGGCUCGUUCAACUGGUCAUUCGACAUUUGAAUUGGAACGACGUACACAAUCGAUAAUGACCACACGUACAGAUUGCAUAGUAAGAAGAUAUUAUGCGGAGUGACCGACUAUGAGUGACGACUCGACCGGGAACCGAGAUCGAGAUCUAUGCACGUACUGGCAAUUAUUAUACAACUUGAUAAAGGACAAUUAACAUCAAAGUAGUGAGGUUUUAUCAGUAGGACCUUGGGACUGUAAAAAAUGAUCGCAGUUACAAUGUAUGUGUAACAAUUUGCGAAUUUUUAAAAUACUUGAAGAGAAGCUUGGGACCUUCCUAUAAGGAGAGUAUCAAAAUGACUGGGAUCAGUUUUCAAAAAUUAAUUAAAAACAGGAUACCUGUUUUAAAUUGGUUACCUAAGUACAGACCGAACGACGCAUUGGGCGAUCUGGUCGCGGGAUUGACAGUGGGCUUAACUCUGAUACCGCAGGCGAUCGCUUACGCCGGAUUGGCAGGUUUGACGCCACAGUACGGAUUGUACAGCGCGUUUGCCGGCAGCUUCGUUUACAUAAUAUUCGGUACCUGUCGAGAAGUCAAUAUUGGCCCGACCGCGUUGAUUUCUUUACUGACACUCACGUACGCGAGGGGUGUCCCCGAGUACGCGGUACUUCUGUGUUUCUUAUCAGGAUGCGUUACGGUUAUCUUUGGAAUUCUUCGAUUAGGAUUUCUAGUCGAUUUCGUUUCGAUACCUGUCGUUUCCGGGUUCACCUCGGCGGCGAGCCUAAUCAUCGCUUGUAGCCAAAUUAAGAGCCUGCUGGGUUUAGAAAUCCACGGCGAGAGCUUCAUCGAGAUUUGGAAGGAGCUGGUCGGCCAGAUCAGCAAGACCAAAAUCCCUGACCUGAUCUUGUCUUGCUGCUGCAUUCUAAUUCUAUUGACCCUGAAGAAACUGAAAGAUCUCAAGGUCUCGAAUCCGAUUCUCAGCAAAACGAUCUGGUUUCUGGGAACUGGAAGAAACGCGCUCGUGGUGAUAGCAUGCGCGACGGUGUCUUACGUUUACGAGAAUCGAGGACAAGCUCCUUUCAGUCUCACUGGACACAUCCAGGCAGGCUUGCCAUCGAUAGAUCCACCCCUCUUAUCGAUAAGCGUUAACAAUCAGACCGUCACUUUCCUUGACAUGUGCAAGAAUUUGGGCACCGGUAUCGUGAUCGUUCCACUGAUUUCGAUUAUCGGAAACGUAGCCAUCGCAAAAGCAUUCUCGCGAGGACAGUCGCUGGACGCAACUCAAGAAAUGUUGACUCUCGGUCUGUGUAACAUCGUCGGCUCGUUCUUCCAUUCCAUGCCGGUCACGGGUUCGUUUUCCAGAAGCGCGGUGAACAAUGCCUCAGGAGUGAAGACACCCUUGGGAGGAAUCUACACGGGUAUACUGGUCAUUCUUGCCCUUAGCCUCCUCACGCCGUACUUCUAUUAUAUUCCAAAGGCGACAUUAAGCUCCGUCAUUGUUUGCGCAGUCAUAUUUAUGGUCGAAGUGAAGAUGAUACAGCCAAUUUGGAAAUGUAGCAAGCGUGAUUUGAUUCCGACAUUGGCGACAUUCGUGGCAUGCUUGUUUGCCGGAGUCGAGCUGGGAAUUUUAAUAGGGGUGGCGAUUGAUCUGGCAAUAUUAAUUUAUUUCAACGCCAGGCCGACAAUAUAUAUCGAAUACAGAAAUAUUCCUACGUUAAGCUACAUCCUCGUGCGUCCUAGCGCGGGUUUGCUGUUCCCGGCAGUUGAUUACCUGAGGACAUACCUAUUGGAGAACUUAGCUAAGGACCCUAAUAAAUUACUGAAAACCUUCAAGAAUUCGAAGACCGUCGUUCUGGAUUGCGAGCACAUCGAUAAAAUUGAUUUCACAGCGGCGCAAGGCUUGAACAUGGUAAUGAGAGAUUUCAAAGAGAAAGACCAUCGCUUAGUAAUGCUACGGCCUUCCAAAGAAAUCCUACAUAGCGUGCAAUCGCUCUGUAGCGAGACGAUCGAGGUGGUCAACACCGAUGCCGAGCUCGUGGCUACUUUAAAAAAACUGAACGCCGGCAAAAGGGUUCAGGAAACCGACGCGGAAGUAAUAGACAUGACGAACGGGAAAAGCGCUGGCGGUACGAGGGAUGAACUUACGAGUACGAAACUUUGAAAAGGACAGUGAAUUUAUCAAAGAAAUUAUAAAUUCGCAUAUAUGAAACAAUAUUUAUAAUUCCUACUAUUUUUUUUCGCUUUUUUUUCUUUUUUUUUAAUGUAUAUUGGAAAUUGAAUUGUAAGACUAUCAACGAUAUCGUAUAAAAUCGUAAUGAACAUUAACGCGUAUUUAUGAUAUAUAUAUGAAUUUUAUGAUCAUUCGCAUGGUUUCUUUUAACUCUUUAUAAAGAUACACGAAUCGACCAUGAAUGAGUUUUUACGAAAUUACUAGGUUUCUCAUUUUUUUGGUUUUAAAUCUAUUUCAAAGAAACUAUUGACACGUGCACCCUCGUAAUACGUAUGAAGGAAUAAUACUGUGAUUAUAAACGUGUAUCAGAAUAUGUCAAGGGAUUGUAUUAUAUAUUUAUAUAUUAUAUAUAACACCUACCAAGUAUAUGGCAAAUUUACGUUUCAUUUUGUAAAAAUUUGUAAGUUCUCGAAAAAUAAACUAUAUGAUAUUUCUUAACAAUAUAAGUAAUAUUUAAACAAAAAUAAAUCGUUACGCUCGAA